AGUGUUUGGAAUUAGGAGGGAAUUAGAAUUAGUGAACUGGAAGAGUGACAGUUUGAACAAUUAAAUCUUUAUUAUAAAUUCAGAAGACUUAAAUUCAUGACUGGAACAUUUUGGACAAAAAUUUAUUUCAUUAAUCGGUACUCAGUGAUCAAACAUAAGAAGGUGACUGCAGUCCUUCAUAAACAGCCUGCAGUCUUCUGCUCUGUGAAUGUGAAACUCUGAGCAUUCGGACUGGAGAGACCAGUAAAAUAAAAUGGCUUCAAAGUUCUCAGUGGAGGAUUUCUCCUGUCCUGUGUGCUAUGAAAUCUUCAAGGAUCCUGUUUUACUGCACUGCAGUCACAGUGUGUGUAAAGUGUGUUUGCAGCAGUUCUGGGAGACCAAAGGAUCCAGAGAAUGUCCUAUUUGUAGGACAAAGUCAUCUCUAGAUAAACCUCCCAUAAAUCUGGCCUUAAAGAACCUGUGUGAGACUUUCUUACUGGAAAGACGUCACAGAUCUUCAUCAGGGUCUGAAACACUCUGCAGUCUGCACAGUGAGAAACUCAAACUCUUCUGUCUGGACCAUCAACAGCCGGUGUGUGUGGUGUGUCGGGAUUCAAGAAAACACGCCAACCACAAAUUCUGCCCCAUUGAUGAGAAAGUGACAGACUGUAAGGAGAAGCUCAAAACUGCACUGAAGCCACUACAGGAGAAACUAAAGAUCUUUACAGACUGUAAACUGAACUGGAGUCAGACUGCAGAACAUAUAAAGAUUCAGGCCCAACACACAGAGCAUCAGAUUAAGGAACAGUUUGAGAAACUUUACCAGUUUCUACGAGAUGAAGAGGCAGUCAGGAUCACUGCACUGAGAGAGGAAGAGGAACAGAAGAGUCAGAUGAUGAAGGAGAAGAUUGAUAAGCUGAGCAGAGACAUAUCAUAUCUUUCAGACACAAUCAGAGCCAUAGAAGAGGGGAUGAGAGCUGAAGAUGUCCUGUUCUUACAAAACUACAAGGCCACAGUGAAAAGAGCCCAGUGCACACUGCAGCAUCCAGAGGAGCUUUCAGGAGCACUGAUCCAUGUGGCAAAACAUCUGGCCAACCUGAAGUUCAGAGUCUGGGAGAAGAUGCAGGACACUGUCCAAUACACACCUGUACUUCUGGACCCCAACACUGUUCAUCCUGAACUCGUUGUAUCUGAUGAUCUGACCAGUGUGAGACUCAGUGAUGAGAGACAGAAACUUCCUGAUAAUCCAGAGAGAUUUUAUAAAUAUUGGUGUAUCCUGGGCUCUGAGGGCUUUAACUCAGGCACACACUGCUGGGAUGUUGAUGUUGGAGACUGUACAGGCUGGUAUGUGGGUGUGAUGACAGAAUCUGCUCAGAGGAAGGGGGGAAUAUACACCAGAAGUGGAAUCUGGUAUGUGUGGUUUUAUGAAGGUAAAUAUAGAGCACGUUCUACACCACAGAUAUUCACUCCCCUCUCAGUAGAACAGAGACUCCAGAGGAUCAGAGUGAAACUGGACUGGGACAGAGGAAAGCUGUCAUUCUUUGACCCUCUCACUAACACAUGCUUACACACUUUCACACAAACAUUUACUGAUACAUUACUGCCAUUCUUACAUGUUUUUGCUAAUGAAUCUCCUCUAAAGAUCCUCCCACUUCAGUGCUCUGUAAGAGUGAAUCAGAUCAGUUAGAGCUCAUAUUGUUCUAUUUCAGUUUAUUAAUGAAAUAUUGCAGAUUAAAUGAUUCAGAUUCUUUGUGAAAGUUUGUUGAAAGUUGAAAGAACACUUCAUUGUGAACUUAUUAGUCCUGUGGCCUUUGUAAAUAAUCAUAAGUAUACUGUAUUUUGUUACAGGAAAGGCUUUUGUCUUUUAUUUUGACAUUUCUGUAUUGCGAUUAUUUACUUCCGGUCCUAAGCUACGCCCUUUUUUUUUGUUUAAGAUGCGCGCUCGCCCUGGCUAGUGCAGUGUAUAGUAUAGCUCGGUAUGCCAAAUACGGCAAUAACUUCGAACCAGAGCCGUGGUUAAUGUGUUAAAGAUGUUAAAUAAACUGAGAUACUGUAUAAGCAUUCUGUCUGUUAAUGUGUUCGUUUUGCACAAAUGUAAGACAGCAGAUUGUGAACAAUGUUAGCUGAUCAUGAUAUCUUAGAUUAUUUGAAUUUAUUGAUGUAUUUUAAAUCAUUAACCAGAGACUUUUGCAUGUUUUGUUUACAUCUCAGCUCUUAUAUUGGUUAUAUGGUGAAUGGAUUAAUGUUCAUAAAGGAUUAAACAUCAUAAAACCAUCA